CAACAUGCAUUGUAGGUAUGUCCAUAUGUAUGUAACGUAGUGUGUUCGGUGUUUAGUUAACAAAAAUAAUAAUAAUAAAAAUGGCUGCUCAAAACUCAAGUUUAUCAAAUGAUUUUACGGAAAAAAAAGAAGAUGAAUUUAAUGAUUUUUACACUGAAGUAAAAGAAAUUGAAAAACGUGAUAGUGUUUUAACGCCUAAACAACAAAUUGACAGAUUACUCCGUCCGGGUUCGUCAUACUUUAAUUUAAAUCCAUUUGAAGUUUUACAAAUAGAUCCAGACACAGUUAUUGAUGAAAUUAAAAAAAAAUAUCGUCGUAUGUCAAUUUUGGUACAUCCAGAUAAAAAUCAGGAUGACGCAGAUCGUGCUCAACAAGCAUUUGAAAUUGUAAAUAAAGCGUGGAAGACACUUGAAAAUGAGGAAACGAGAGCCAAAUGUAUGGAUGUUAUUGAAGAGGCUAAAGCGCGUACGGAUCACAUGAUAGCGGAAAAAAAGAAAAAAUUAAAAAGGGAACUAAAAGAUAAUACGAGUAGUGUACCAAUGUUAGAAGAAGAAUCAGAAAAAGGAUAUAGACAUGCUGUUUGGGUUAUGACGAUGAAAUUAUUUGCUGAUAUGGAACGUAGAAGACGAGAAUUAGCGACGAGAGAUGCAGAACAACGAAAACGAAAACGUGAAGAAGAACUUUCAGCCGAAGCACAAGCAGCUAUUGAAAAAGAAUGGCAAAAAAAUUUUGAAGAAUCAAGACAGUCACGUGUUGACAGUUGGAAAGCUUUUCAAUCAAAAUCUGGUACUACUAAUCAAAAGAAGACUAAAAAAUUAAAAUCUUUUAAACCACCAAAAACAAAGGCUGAAUCGCGCCUUUAAUGGUUAUAGUAACGCUUAAUUAUCAAUCAUCUGCUUUGCCUGCAUGGCUAAUCCUUUUAAUUCAUUUUCCAUAAAAAUAAUUGACGUUAAACUCAAGGUUCUAAAAUUAAACUGAUUGAUUUAUUAGUUUAUUGCGCUGGUUAAAAUAAUUUAGUAUUUUAAUGUGUAUAUGAUGGAAAAGAAAAAAAAAUAUAAAUAAAUACCAAAUCUUAUUUAAUUUAAAUAACAAAUACAAUACACGUACAAGAUAAUGUGUGUAUCGCUGCGAGAGUGCGUACAAUUGGUAUAUAUAUAUAUAUAUAUAUAUAUAUAUAUAUAUAUAUAUAUAUACACAUGUGAGGUAUGAAUGUUUUAAGUAAUUAUUUCAUUUAAAAUGUAAAUUGACGUUAAUUAUUUGAUUGAUAGAUAAAAUAUGACGAAUUGAUAGUUAUAACGAUAAAUAUAAAUAAAAAAUAGGUUUAAAACUCUUAAAGCUCUGGUAGCUUGUGUCUAUCUUUUUGAUU